AGAAAGCUAACUUGACAGCAGCGCUUCUUUCUUAGCUAGUCACCAACCCCUGCCCAAGAAUGCCUGUGUGCGUAUAACCUCUGCAGAGAGGUGGUUGUCUGGGAGUCCCGAGGGGCCUCCCGAGCUUCCGAGAACUAGGGAGGAGCCAUCCCAGCCAUGAACCCCUGCAGGAAUCUGCCGGGGUCCAAGUGGCCUGGAGUCCUCACCCUCCUCCUGCUUCUCCAGAGGGAGAGGUGAGCUUGCAGGGUGGCUCGUCCCCAGUCAGAGGUGCCGGGAACCGGGACCUGUCAUGGUGACUGUCUGCAGCUGGCCUGAGGCACUCCCAGACGGGUUUGCAGCUGAGCCUGUUUGUCUGGUGGGAAGAAGAUGGGGAGUUACUUGUCCGUCCCGGCUUACUUCACCUCCAGAGACCCUUUUCGGUGUUCAGAAUGCCAGGAUUCCCUCACCAACUGGUACUACGAGAAGGAUGGGAAGCUCUACUGCCACAAGGACUACUGGAGGAAGUUUGGGGAGUUCUGCCAUGGGUGCUCCCUGCUAAUGACAGGACCCGUCAUGGUGGCUGGGGAGUUCAAAUACCACCCAGAAUGUUUUGCUUGUAUGAGCUGCAAGGUGAUCAUCGAGGAUGGCGAUGCAUAUGCCCUGGUGCAGCAUGCCACACUUUACUGUGGAAAGUGCCACAAUGAGGUGGUGUUGGCACCCAUGUUUGAGAGGCUGUCCACAGAAUCUGUUCAGGACCAGCUUCCCUACUCUGUCACGCUCAUCUCCAUGCCAGCUACCACUGAGGGCAGGCGGGGCUUCUCUGUGUCUGUAGAAAGUGCUUGCUCCAACUAUGCCACCACUGUGCAAGUGAAAGAGGUCAACCGGAUGCACAUCAGUCCCAACAACCGCAAUGCCAUCCACCCUGGGGACCGCAUCCUGGAGAUCAAUGGCACCCCCGUCCGCACACUCCAAGUGGAGGAGGUGGAAGAUGCAAUUAGCCAAACAAGUCAGACACUUCAGCUGUUGAUUGAACAUGACCCCGUCUCCCAGCGCCUGGACCAGCUACGGCUAGAUGCCCGGCUUUCUCCCCACAUGCAGAAUGAUGGACACUCUCACACCCUCAGCACUCUGGACACCAAGGACAAUCUGGAAGGGACAUUGAGGAGACGCUCCCUGAGGCGCAGUAACAGCAUCUCUAAGUCCCCUGGCCCAAGCUCCCCCAAGGAGCCCCUGCUGCUCAGCCGAGACAUCAGCCGCUCAGAAUCCCUCCGCUGUUCCAGCAGCUACUCGCAGCAGAUCUUCCGGCCGUGUGACCUGAUUCAUGGGGAGGUCCUGGGAAAGGGCUUCUUUGGGCAGGCCAUCAAGGUGACACACAAAGCCACGGGCAAAGUGAUGGUCAUGAAGGAGUUAAUUCGAUGUGAUGAGGAGACACAGAAGACUUUCCUGACUGAGGUGGAGGGAAGACUUGGUGGAAAGUUAGCCAUCCACCCUCUUUGGCCUUCCCCUACUUUCGCCCAGGUGAAAGUGAUGCGCAGCCUAGACCACCCCAACGUGCUCAAGUUCAUUGGUGUGCUAUACAAGGACAAGAAGCUGAACCUGCUGACAGAAUACAUUGAAGGGGGCACACUAAAAGAUUUUCUGCGAAGUGUGGACCCAUUCCCCUGGCAGCAGAAGGUCAGAUUUGCAAAAGGCAUCGCCUCUGGAAUGGCCUAUUUGCACUCUAUGUGCAUCAUCCACCGGGAUCUGAAUUCACACAACUGCCUCAUCAAGUUGGACAAGACUGUGGUGGUAGCAGACUUUGGGCUGUCACGGCUUAUAGUGGAAGAAAGGAAAAGGCCCCCAGUGGAGAAGGCCACCACCAAGAAACGCACCUUGCGCAAGAAUGACCGCAAGAAACGCUAUACUGUGGUGGGAAACCCUUACUGGAUGGCUCCUGAGAUGCUGAAUGGAAAGAGCUACGAUGAGACAGUGGAUGUCUUCUCUUUUGGGAUCGUUCUCUGCGAGAUCAUUGGGCAGGUGUAUGCAGAUCCUGAUUGCCUGCCUCGUACACUGGACUUUGGUCUGAACGUGAAGCUUUUCUGGGAGAAGUUUGUCCCUACAGACUGCCCCCCAGCCUUCUUUCCCCUGGCUGCUAUCUGCUGCAGACUGGAGCCUGAGAGCAGACCGGCUUUCUCAAAACUGGAAGAUUCCUUUGAGGCCCUCUCCCUGUACCUGGGAGAGCUGGCCAUCCCACUGCCUGCAGAGCUGGAGGAGCUGGACCACACUGUGAGCAUGCAGUACGGCCUGACCCGGGAUUCACCCCCCUAGCCCAAGCCCAGCCCCCUGCAGGGGGGCGUUCCACAGUCAGCACUGCCCCUCUGUGCCCUGUCCCUGCUGUGAGCAGGGCUGUCUGGGCUUCCUGUGGAUUGGCGGCUUGUUUAGAAGCAGAAUGAGCCAUCUCUACUACCUCCCCAGGAGGCGAGCAGGUGCACACCAGGAAAACACAUCUCCACAGGUUUUGGGCCUGGUUACUGUCUAUAAAUUCAACACUCGCCUGAAAGCUGUGAAGAAGAAAAUGCUUGGACUCUGGGCCAGGAAGAAUCUGUUACUCUGGACCCCUUGGGAACUUCCUGGCAGUGGGAUUCCAGGAGGCUGCUCUUGCUUACACUAAUGGACAUGACCUGGACCUGCUGGGCAGGAUCCCAGGGUUGAAUAUGCCUAUGGGCUCUGAAGUCUCUGGACCAGCUGGGUGGAGGAAGGACUUCAAGUAGGAGUGUGGAUGAGAGGAAGACUGAUGGCCAGGUGGCACUUGAAGGGUAUAAAAUGACAGUGAUAUCCCCCAUUUCCGCUCCAUGUUCUGAGUAGGGUUUGAAGAGUCUCUUAGUGUAUGAUGGAACUGACCGGGAGUUGCAAGAGGGUUAAUUCAUGUUCAUCUACCAGUGGGUAGCUCUAGACAGCUUAGGAACCACAUCAAUGUGUGAGGAUCUUGUGUUCUCAAACUGUACUACUGGAGACAGAACUUCUGGGUGGCAUCCUCUAUCUUAACAAGCAGUCACCAGGAGCACAAAAAGGGACUGGGGGCUAGAAAGAAAAAAGUUUUGUCCUUUAGAAAGCCCAUAUCCUGGCUGCUGCUACUCAUAUCCUGGUGGGCUCUUCAGUCAAAAGCCCAAGACAUUUUGCCUAGAACUAGAUGAGUUUUGGAGGAUUGUGUGGCUUGUCACAGGCCUAGGGUUUGAGGCAGAAAGUGGGGGGUUUCACAGCCUCUUGGCCCCACCCUUAUUACAACCACUGCUCACCUUUCAACAUUUCUAUUCUAAAUAGCAACUUGGAUUGGGAAGAGGUGGUGGCAGAAUCUUAGAGCUGAGACAGAGACAACUCCCUGAGCUUGGUCAUCUGGCUUCUACCUCCCUUGUAGGCUGGCCCAGCUCACUGCUCCCGACUAUGCCUCCUGAGCCGUACUCUAGGGCCAUGGGCACUGGAAAACCCUGGAGGUACCCUACACCUUGGUUCCCAGACCUCAAGGGAUUCUACAACACAACUAGAUUUGCCUCUCCUAAGUGUCUGUGAACUUGCACCAUAUUUAACAAAUUGGGAAUGGGUUUGGGGUAUAAAUGCAAUGUGUGGUGGUUGUAUUGGGGGUGGAUGGGGUUGGGGGAGUGAUCCAGGAGAGUGGUUGCUGUUAAUAUUAUCUUGUUAUAUCAAUUGGGUGAUAUGUGAAUAAUGUACAUAGAUUGGAUGAGUUGUGGGAUGUCAUCUCUGGCCAGAGUUUAUCUGCUGCAUAGACUGUACUUACCUGUAGAGUUUGCAAGUUUGCUGUAGUGUUGAGUCCAGGACUUCAGUGUUGUGUGGCUGAUGUGCUUUAGCUGUCCCCAGCAAGUGUGGGAGUGGUGGGCCUGAUCUGGGCCAUUGAGCAGACUAAAUAAAUUAAGCAGUUAACAUAACUGACAAUACUGAGUGUGAAAA